AUGUCUACUGAAAGAAAAAAGGUUGCAUUGAUCUCUGGUAUCACUGGUCAGGAUGGUUCAUACCUCACUGAGUUCCUCAUUGCUAAGGGUUAUGAGGUUCACGGAAUCAUCAGAAGAUCAAGUUCAUUCAACACCAACAGAAUCGAUCACAUCGACUUCCAGUCUCCCAAUGCUAAGCUACAUCUGCACCAUGGUGAUCUGACAGACUCGACCAACUUGGUUGGUAUCAUCCACAGAGUUAGACCAAGUGAGAUCUACAAUCUUGGAGCACAGAGCCAUGUUAAGGUGUCAUUCGAGAUGUCAGAGUACACUGCCGACGUCGAUGGAGUUGGUUGUUUGCGUCUCCUCGAUGCCAUCAGAUCAUGUGGAUUGGAGAAGGAGAUUAGAUUAUACCAGGCUUCAACUAGUGAGCUGUACGGAAAGGUCCGCGAGAUCCCUCAGACUGAGCUUACACCAUUCUACCCACGUUCGCCAUACGCAGUUGCCAAGCAGUUUGCCUUCUGGAUCUGUGUUAACUACCGUGAGGCCUACGGAAUGUACGCUUGCAAUGGUAUCUUGUUCAACCACGAGUCCCCAAGAAGAGGUGCCACCUUUGUCACCAGAAAGAUCACCAAGUUCGUCGCCAAGAUCAAGAUGGGUCACUCAGACACUCUAUACCUGGGCAACUUGAAUGCCAAGCGUGAUUGGGGCCACGCCCGCGACUACGUCGAGGCAAUGUGGCUGAUGCUGCAGCAGGAGAAGCCAGACGACUUUGUCAUUGCCACUGGCGAGACUCACUCUGUUCGCGAGUUCACCGAGAAGGCUUUUGCCGAGAUUGGUAUCACUAUCAAGUGGCGUGGAGAGGAACUCAAGGAGGAGGGUUAUGACGCUGCCACCGGCACCGUCUACAUCAGGGUCGACCCACGUUACUUCCGUCCAACAGAGGUCGAUCUGCUUCUGGGCAGCCCAGAGAAGGCCAAGCGCGAGCUCAACUGGGUGAUCAAGACCACCUUUGAGGAUCUCGUCAAGGAGAUGGUUGCUCAAGACAUUGAAUACGCUCAGAAGGGUCACGAGGCUUUCAACUAA